GAAUGAAUUUGAAUACCUGAAGCUAUUGGGUAAAGGUACCUUUGGGAAGGUCAUUUUAGUCAAAGAGAAGGCGACGGGACGAUAUUACGCUAUGAAAAUUUUAAAAAAAGAAGUAAUUGUUGCAAAGGAUGAAGUAGCGCAUACGCUUACGGAAAACCGCGUCCUGCAAAACUCUAGGCACCCUUUCCUUACAGCACUAAAAUAUUCCUUUCAGACGCACGAUCGGCUAUGUUUUGUUAUGGAGUACGCCAAUGGCGGCGAGGUGCGUAAUAAGCUUCUAUAUUGCGUUAUUUUGUUGCUGCACCAUGUGAGAGAGAUUAACUAAAUGUACAUUAAUGUCUGUUACA